CCCCAUGUCCUGACCCUGUGCCCAGACCCAGGGAGAACUCUGGAGUAAUCUGAAACGCCCAGGUUUUCCCAAAUUACGUUGUUUCUCUAAUGCUGUCACCAUGCUUUCCUUUUAGAGAUAAAAUCCAAGUGAGAAGAAUAUGUGACAGCAGCAGCAGAGGGACCUUGAUGUUCUUUGACUGAGUAAGAGGUGUCGUGUCCUUUCUAGACCUCAAAACACUCAACUCACAAGUGUUUAACUGAAGCCAUGGCAGCAGGGGAUCCAGCUGUAUUCCGAGUAUCACUUCAGGACGUGAAGCAAAGAAAGAAGCCCUUGGUGAAGGGCUUGGCAACUCCAGAGAAGGCAAUGAUCACUUUAGAUGCCAUGAAGGCAUUAGAUCCAUGUCAGUUAAAAACUGAUAGCUUGGAGACAGAAAGAAUCAUAACCGUCUUGGAUGAGACAAUUGCCAAGCUGGAGAUGAGCAGUUUGAUCCCACGUAUUAUUGACUCUCUGGACAGGUUUGCUGAUGUGCUGGGACCUGAGAUCACAAACAACCUGAUCGAGCACCAAAAGCUUUCAAACAAAAUGGAGCACCUGCUUGCCAGCUCGGAAGAAGAGGACACCAUGAGAGCUGAGGAACAACGGGGCUGUCUCUGCUUGCUAGAGCAACGUCUGAAAUGUUCUGUUAGAAAUGUCCUGAGACUCUUACUGGCCAACCCUUCGCUUUGCCAGGCUCUGAAAUAUGAAGCCUGGGCGAGAGAGUCACCAGCUGAAGUGUUUAUCAAAGCCUUUGGGGAGUUCAGGAGUUUCAUGCUUGAGAGACUCCUGACUAGUCCCGUGGAAGAAGAAGAAAAGAUUCAGUUCAUGGAAGACAUCUCCCUCCAGAUUAAGAAAAACGCUGAAGCAAUCACAGCUUUACAGGCAGAACUGGCAGCAGCAAUCCGGACUCGAGAGGAGGAGAUUCACAAGAAGGACAACGUGAUCAAAGACCUCAAAACCAGCAUGCAAGAUCUGGCCAAAGUCUGCAAGGCUGGCAUCCAGCAGAUGAAGCAGGAAGGAGAAAAACAGCAAAAAGAGGAGCUGCAAGCCUCCCAGGCCAGGUGUGCCAGGCUACAGCAGGACGUUCAGCUGCUAGGAGCACAACUCAAUGCACUUGUACUGGAGCAUCGAGCAUCAGAGCUGGCUCUCAGAAAGAGGAAGUGCAGAGUGGAGAUGGAAAUUGUGAACUGGAUCCAGAAAUAUGACACAGACAUGGGAGAAAAACAGGCUGAGUAUGAGGAUGUUAAUGCUGCCUACACCAAGGAGAAGGCCCAGCUGUCCCUGCUGAUGGAGAAACGUGCUGUGCUUCUCCAGGAGUAUUCCCAGAUUGAGGAGGAGCGCAGGAUAUGCCAGGAGAAGAAGGAGCAGGCUUUGAAGGAAUUCACCACCAUGACCCUUGCUGCCACCCGCAUCCAGGCCUUCUGGAGAGGCUACUUGGUCCGGUCCCUCUUCAAAUCAAAAAGGAAGAAGAAGAAGGGCAAGGGCAAGAAGACUAAGAAAUAAAGCACAAAAUCUA